AUGACAGCAACAAACAACAACAGCAACUAUAUUGUUUCUGAUGAAAAAGUUAUUGAUUCAUUAGCUGAGGAAUUAGUUGUGACAGAAACUAAAACCCUCAACGAAAGAAUUGGUGAAAACAAGAUUGAUUUACAUAACUACCUCAAACAUGAUGGAGGAAGAGGAAGGAAAACUGCUAUGGCUUUAUUAGUAAAUAAAAUUCCAAAUUUAACGAUUAUAGAUGUUGAUAUCAAUAAAUCAUACAAUGAUGAACUUAAAGAAACAGUUAGAAAAGAUAUUUUAUCAAAACUUUCGGAUAAAGAUGUUAUCGUUAAAACCGCUUCAGGAGGUCUUCACAUUUAUUGUAACACUAAUUUCUUCUAUUCAGUUUCGAACAGAAUGAUUAAAUGCUAUUCUUGCAAUGAUUAUGAUAUUGAUAUAAUGACUUCUAUGGAUGAUUCAAAGCGUUCUUUAGUAGUUAUGGCUGAUUCAAGAGUUCGCAAGAAUGCAACAGAACCAAUCAAUACAUACUCAUUCAUUCGUGGAAGUUACGAUUCAACAUUAACCAGAACAGUGAAUGAUAUAUUAAAUGAUUUGAAUAUUAAGGUAAGAGUUGAACAGAAGAACGAAGAAAUAAAGACUAUCAUGAAUGAAAACAAAGAUGUAAACAUUGACGAUAAACUUGCCCAGAGCAUAGUUGAUGGCAUCAGUGAUUUUGAAGUACAUAAUGACGGUGGAAACAUGAAUUUAGAAAAAGAAGUUACAUUAUUCACACUGUUUCAAGCAAUUAAUUCGUUACCUAAUCAUUUAAUUAAUGAAGCAUACGAUAACGUUUAUAACUUCUGCAAUUUAACUGAAAAUGCAAAAAGUAAUUUUGAAAAAGCACGUAGUAGAUAUGCACAUUUAAUGACUUCUCCAUUUGUUUUGGUGAAGAUUCUAAAACUAUAUCAAAAGGAAUAUUAUGAUGAAUACGUUUUACCUUUAUUACGUAAGCCAAAAAUAACAUUUGAUAUAAAACUUGAUGACUAG